CUCUCUCUUUCUUGCUAGGGUUUGAUAUUAUCUGCGGCUGUCGUACAUUCCGAAGGAGAACACGAAGCUCAGCCAAUUAGUCCCCGUCUCCAUAUCAUCGAUAUCUUCUCAGCAAGCUUUGCUACCUGAAUCGAGUCUUUCUUACUGGAGUUCCAGCUCCUGUUCUAGUUAGGGUCGUUGGAGUUUGGAUGGCUAAUAGACCGGAUUCUGACAACGACGACGAUUUCAGUCAGCUUUAUCAAGAAUAUACUGGCCCUCCGGGGUCGACAACGACACAAGAUAGGUCAAAGCCAAACAAGCGUUCGCAUGCAGGUUCCGACGAGGAAGAGGAACAGCGGGACCCCAAUGCGGUCCCCACAGAUUUCACCAGCCGAGAAGCCAGAGUCUGGGAGGCAAAAUCUAAAGCCACUGAGAGGAAUUGGAAGAAGAGGAAAGAAGAGGAAAUGAUUUGCAAAAUAUGCGGAGAAUCAGGUCACUUCACUCAGGGUUGUCCUACAACUCUUGGAGCAAACCGAAAGUCACAAGAUUUCUUUGAAAGGGUACCUGCGAGGGAAAAGCAUGUAAAGGCACUCUUCCCAGACAAAGUGAUCCAGAGGAUUGAAAAUGACGUAGGCUGCAAAAUAAAGAUGGAGGAGAAGUUUAUAAUUGUCAGUGGUAGGGAUAGGUUAGUUUUGGCCAAAGGUGUGGAUGCUGUGCACAAAGUGAUCAAGGAGGAGGGUGAUCAAAAGAAUGCAUCUAGUUUUCAGAUGAGCAGAUCUAGGUCACCAGCGCAAAGCCCCAGUGGUGGACGAUUUCGUCGAUCUGAAUCCCAAAGGUCUCAUCAACGUGAUCCACCUCAUUUCCAACAAAGGUUUGGCAGACAAGAUAAAGUUGCUGAAGACCGUGACCGUGAGGAUCUUCGUAGAUUCCCAAGGGGUUCUCCACAAGCGAGAGCUUAUGGUAAUAAUGGAGCUAGAGGUCGUUCAAGCCACUCUAAAUCUCCUGCACGUCCCCAUUAUACCGGGAACUCAUUUGAUUCAUAUGGUGGUCAUAACCAGAGCUCAGGUGGUUAUAGAACUGAUGGGUGGGACAUUGAAAGACGGAAUUCAAAUUUGCCAUCUCGCCAUCAAAUUGAAUACUCCGCCAUCCCUCAGACCUUAGAAGAUUUAGAGUUGGAGUAUAAGCGAGAGGCAACAGAGCUCGGAAGAAUUCAUGACAAGGAAGAAGAUGAAGAGAAUAAGAAGCAUCGCGAGACUAUCAGGGAUAUGAGAGAGAGUUACAUGAAUAAACUGGCUACCUUAAGGGAGAUGCAUGCAAAACAGUGGGAAGAGUUUCUUCAAGUUGAUGCCCAAAGGCGUCAAGAAGAAGCAGGGACCCAAAUGUCUGCUCCAGGUUUUGGUGGUUAUAAACAGCAUGCUUAUUCUGACCACGACGGCUCCUCAGUUAAUAAUCAUUAUGCUGGUUCUAGUUUUUCUAUGGAUACAAGGGGAAGAUACCCGAAUUCUAUUGAUAAUUAUCCUUCAAGGACUCAAAACACAUACAGUGAUUUCCAGCGUCCAAGGCGCGAGGAUUUGGGGAAAGCUUACAACAGAUUCUAGAUUGGUAUAACUGAAAGUUAUCUUGGGUCCAGACUUUGGCCGGAUAGAAGUGAUGCAUUGGGGACUCAAAUGGGUGUAAAAUCUAUCGGAAUCAAUGCCGAGUUAGUUACAUUUCAUUUUGGAGGUUUGGUUCUCUGUGGACCUUGUUGUAAGGAGGUGGUAUGUUUUUUUUUUUUAAUCGGCUCGCCCUUGUGAUCUUUGAAGGAUAUUGACUGUGAAAUGCAUGAAAAUUUGCGUUGAAGUAAUGGUUUGAUGAACUCUCUCCUUCAAGCUCAGUAAUGAACGGUCACCAUUUUUAUUCCCAUACUGAGCCUGUGAUAGCAAUCCGUGAGUUGAUUUCACUUUGCUGAUAAUGUUUACAGGCUGUGAUGUUUAUUAAGUUGACUAGGCUGCUUAACUUGCUGGGAAUUAAACUUUUUGUUA